GAAUCAAGGCUGGAGAGACAGACUGUAUUGGUAUAACCAAUGAGUGUACAGACAUGUCUACCUGUAAUAGUGGUACAUGUACCUGUAUUGCCAACUAUUAUGAUAGUGGUGACACCUGUGUAGCAAGAAUCAAGGCUGGAGAGACAGGUUGUACUGGUGUUAUACCCAAUGAGUGUACAGACAUGUCUACCUGUAAUAGUGGUACAUGUACCUGUAUUGCCAACUAUUAUGAUGGUGGUGACACCUGUGUGGCAAAGCUUGCAAUAAGUGUUGUCUGUGACAGUGCCCUGAUUGGUGUGUCCCAAUGUUCCGAUACCAAUGCUGAGUGUACUGAUGAUAAUUACUGUAGGUGUAAAGCAGGAUAUUACAACAAUAAUGGAUUUACAGCCAGCAGUUCUUGUCUAUCCAUGUCUACACUGAAGGUGACUAGUGUAUCAGUAACACCAGGCACAGACGUCGUUAAUGUAACAUGGACCCCACCACAAAAUAUCAAUCAGGUGUCUGGGUACCAGGUGAUAUGGAGACUUGGUCAAUCUAUUAGUGGCUCUUCAUCUACCUUUGAUAAAACAUUAACAUUUGCUACAAUUACGGGCUUUACCAGUGGUGCUACCUACACAUUUAAUGUGAAAACGUUCGAGACCGGGAGUCGAACAGCCUCUCAGGAAGUAGAAUCUGAUUUUUCUCAAACAGUGUCAAUGAAAGCAGCUCUGUCUGUAGCCUGUGGGACUGGUUCUCCUACUGUUGUGUGUGAAGACACUACCACAGCCUCCUGUAUUUCAAACACCUGUAGAUGUAAUGAGAACUACUUUGACAGUAACGGCUUUAGUACACCUGGUGGUGUCUGUACAUCAAUGUCUACACUGAAGGUGACUAGUGUAUCAGUAACACCAGGCACAGACGUCGUUAAUGUAACAUGGACCCCACCACAAAAUAUCAAUCAGGUGUCUGGGUACCAGGUGAUAUGGAGACUUGGUCAAUCUAUUAGUGGCUCUUCAUCUACCUUUGAUAAAACAUUAACAUUUGCUACAAUUACGGGCUUUACCAGUGGUGCUACCUACACAUUUAAUGUGAAAACGUUCGAGACCGGGAGUCGAACAGCCUCUCAGGAAGUAGAAUCUGAUUUUUCUCAAACAGUGUCAAUGAAAGCAGCUCUGUCUGUAGCCUGUGGGACUGGUUCUCCUACUGUUGUGUGUGAAGACACUACCACAGCCUCCUGUAUUUCAAACACCUGUAGAUGUAAUGAGAACUACUUUGACAGUAACGGCUUUAGUACACCUGGUGGUGUCUGUACAUCAAUGUCUACACUGAAGGUGACUAGUGUAUCAGUAACACCAGGCACAGACGUCGUUAAUGUAACAUGGACCCCACCACAAAAUAUCAAUCAGGUGUCUGGGUACCAGGUGAUAUGGAGACUUGGUCAAUCUAUUAGUGGCUCUUCAUCUACCUUUGAUAAAACAUUAACAUUUGCUACAAUUACGGGCUUUACCAGUGGUGCUACCUACACAUUUAAUGUGAAAACGUUCGAGACCGGGAGUCGAACAGCCUCUCAGGAAGUAGAAUCUGAUUUUUCUCAAACAGUGUCAAUGAAAGCAGCUCUGUCUGUAGCCUGUGGGACUGGUUCUCCUACUGUUGUGUGUGAAGACACUACCACAGCCUCCUGUAUUUCAAACACCUGUAGAUGUAAUGAGAACUACUUUGACAGUAACGGCUUUAGUACACCUGGUGGUGUCUGUACAUCAAUGUCUACACUGAAGGUGACUAGUGUAUCAGUAACACCAGGCACAGACGUCGUUAAUGUAACAUGGACCCCACCACAAAAUAUCAAUCAGGUGUCUGGGUACCAGGUGAUAUGGAGACUUGGUCAAUCUAUUAGUGGCUCUUCAUCUACCUUUGAUAAAACAUUAACAUUUGCUACAAUUACGGGCUUUACCAGUGGUGCUACCUACACAUUUAAUGUGAAAACGUUCGAGACCGGGAGUCGAACAGCCUCUCAGGAAGUAGAAUCUGAUUUUUCUCAAACAGUGUCAAUGAAAGCAGCUCUGUCUGUAGCCUGUGGGACUGGUUCUCCUACUGUUGUGUGUGAAGACACUACCACAGCCUCCUGUAUUUCAAACACCUGUAGAUGUAAUGAGAACUACUUUGACAGUAACGGCUUUAGUACACCUGGUGGUGUCUGUACAUCAAUGUCUACACUGAAGGUGACUAGUGUAUCAGUAACACCAGGCACAGACGUCGUUAAUGUAACAUGGACCCCACCACAAAAUAUCAAUCAGGUGUCUGGGUACCAGGUGAUAUGGAGACUUGGUCAAUCUAUUAGUGGCUCUUCAUCUACCUUUGAUAAAACAUUAACAUUUGCUACAAUUACGGGCUUUACCAGUGGUGCUACCUACACAUUUAAUGUGAAAACGUUCGAGACCGGGAGUCGAACAGCCUCUCAGGAAGUAGAAUCUGAUUUUUCUCAAACAGUGUCAAUGAAAGCAGCUCUGUCUGUAGCCUGUGGGACUGGUUCUCCUACUGUUGUGUGUGAAGACACUACCACAGCCUCCUGUAUUUCAAACACCUGUAGAUGUAAUGAGAACUACUUUGACAGUAACGGCUUUAGUACACCUGGUGGUGUCUGUACAUCAAUGUCUACACUGAAGGUGACUAGUGUAUCAGUAACACCAGGCACAGACGUCGUUAAUGUAACAUGGACCCCACCACAAAAUAUCAAUCAGGUGUCUGGGUACCAGGUGAUAUGGAGACUUGGUCAAUCUAUUAGUGGCUCUUCAUCUACCUUUGAUAAAACAUUAACAUUUGCUACAAUUACGGGCUUUACCAGUGGUGCUACCUACACAUUUAAUGUGAAAACGUUCGAGACCGGGAGUCGAACAGCCUCUCAGGAAGUAGAAUCUGAUUUUUCUCAAACAGUGUCAAUGAAAGCAGCUCUGUCUGUAGCCUGUGGGACUGGUUCUCCUACUGUUGUGUGUGAAGACACUACCACAGCCUCCUGUAUUUCAAACACCUGUAGAUGUAAUGAGAACUACUUUGACAGUAACGGCUUUAGUACACCUGGUGGUGUCUGUACAUCAAUGAAUGCUUUGAAGGUGACCGCUGUUACAUCCUCAUCAGUAACUACUACAGAAGUAAACAUCAGCUGGACAGAAUCCUCAUUCUCCUCUCAGGUUUCUGGUUAUGUUGUGAUCUGGAAGCUGAGUACUAGUACUGCAGAAGUUAAAAGGUCUCCUGUGGUAACAGGAACAUCUACAACUAUAACAGGACUGACACAGAGCACGGCUUAUACAUUUAAUGUCAUAUCACAAGAGACAGGAAGUCGCGCAGCAACACAGGAGAUUGAAUCUGAUGCUUCUGUCAUAGUUACUACAAAGGCAGAACUGAGUCAGUCAUGUGGUGCAAUUCUGUGUGGUGAUACAAAUUCUGAGUGCAUUGCUGGUAAUUCUGCAGGAAAUGUUUGUAGAUGUGUCUCUGGGUACUAUGACAGUAAUGGAUAUAGUGCAGUUGGUGGAGUCUGUACAGCAA